CAGGUCAUAUCAAAUACUAAGACAGGGUUUGUUUUUCAGACAAGUCAGCAGAUUAGCUUGCUUCUCUGACCACAGAUCUAGCUGCUAUUUUGUUUAUAUUUCUCCUGUUUUUUUGUGAGAAGCUCAUUUUAAUUAGAAUAUCAAUUUUUACUUCAGGUGCCCCGAAAUGGUCGAUCCUGGCUUCAUCCCUGGAUUUAUUGGCUACGCCAUUCAAUUGGCUGGAGAUGAGAUAAUUCAUCACAUCAACGUUGCCGUCCGAUGCAAGAAAGAGUUGGAUGCCCUCAAAGAUCUGCUUCCACGAAUAACAGAAAUGAAUAUGGAAUUGCAGGAGUAUCAAAAGGCUCUGAACUCUGGCAAAGUGAGUACAUCCUCUCAUCGUUUGCCCUCCAUGGUCAACAGCUGGUUGAACAAAUUGAGUGAUCUUCUGGAGGAAGCAUCUGAUUUGGCACAGCGCUGCACUGUACCCUCAUACUUUCAUCCCAUUUCUCGCUACACAAUGAGCAGAAAGAUCACGCAACUCACUGCAAAUGUGCAAAAGCAUGUAGAAAAGGAUGUAGCCACUGUUGCUUUCCUCCACCAGCUUCACCAAGAUGUGGCUUACCGUGAAGGAUUUGAACAGAUCAGACAGAGAUUCGAUUCUCUCAAGCGAAAUGCUGGACUUACCAGCACAUCUGGAGAUCUCUUUUCAUCCACUUCUUCGGCCACUGCCAACACGAGGUAUAUUGAGGAGGCACUCAUUGUUGGACAAGAUUCUGCAUCAAACACACUUGUUGAGCUGAUUCAGUCACAACAGCACAAAAGUGUGUCUCGUUUCGGCCUAGUUGGGAAGGGUGGGGCUGGUAAGACUCUAUUACUCAAACGAGUCUUCAACAGUAACCAGGUACAGAGUCUCUUUUGCAAUGACUUGAUGCUUUGGCUUACUAUUUCACAAACUCCAUCUUUCAAUUCUCUUAGAAACGAGCUUGUCAAACAAAUAGCUCUUAAAGUAAAUGAAAGAUUGCAGAGUAGAGAGGAAGACCAUGUGAAAACUUGGUUGAAUCAAAGCAUGGCAAAAUACAAAUUCGCCCUGUUUUUAGAUGAUGUUUGGGAAACAAAUGUAAUAUCAUUGUUAGAGGAGCUUUGUGUGCCUCAUUCUCCAUGCCACAAGUCCAACAUCAUCAUUGCCACUUCCAGAAGUAAUAGUGUGCUCUUGCAAUUGGCUGUUCCACCUCCAUCGAUCAUCCAAAUGCAAGAUUUGAAUGAGGAUGACAGCUGGAGAUUGUUUUCUUCCCACGCUUUUCCACACAGUGAUGGGGUUUUACCCCUGAGCAUUGACCAAGAAACAGCGAGGCAUGUCUGCAACAAAUGCGGGGGCCUUCCAUUAGCCCUCAAAGUAAUUGGGAAGGCAAUGGUGGGAAUCACCCAAUCAAAUGAAUGGGAAUUUGCACUUCAGAAGUUGCAGAAGGAUGUUACAGGCUCGCUUUAUAGCAGGUUGAGAUUAAGCUACGAUGCCUUGGCCAACGUGGCCGAUUAUGGCAUCUCCUUGCAGUUGUGCUUCCUCUGCCUCGCUGUUUUCAAGGAAGACGAAGUCAUCUAUUAUUCAACCGCCACAAAGUACUGGAUUGGAGAAGGGUUGCUUGCCGGGCCAGAUCCUCAUCAAAUUGGAAAGAGAUACGUCAAUUUGUUAGCCGACCGUUGUCUUAUUGAACCGCUCUUGAAGGAUCACGAUGGAGGUGUGCUCAUUUUCAGGGUGCAUGAUGUUUUGCACGAUUUAGCCCAUCAAAUUGCUGAGAAAGAAGAGAAAUGCUUCUUUCGGACAGGUAGAGAUUUACGAGAGUUUCCAGAUAAUGACUGGUCGGCAUACAUGAGAAUUUCCUUGAGGAACGGUAGUUUGACUAGAGUUCCUAAGGCAUUUCGAGCUCCCCAUAUCCGUUCCUUGCUACUUAAUGGCAAUCCUUCUUUACCAGAAAUUCCAAAAGAAGUGAUCGGGAGUAUGACCACUCUCAGGGUCUUGGAUUUGUCGCGGACUGCUCUCCUCUCGCUGCCAAAAAACAUGGGAUGUUUGAAGCAUUUAGUUUGCCUCAGGUUACGCUCUGUGCCAAUCCAAACACUGCCCAACUCUAUCGCUGCUCUCAGAAUGCUUCAAAUACUAGAUCUUUCUAAAUCUAAAAUUAGACAACUCCCAUCGAGCAUUUCUAGACUGACUUCCUUACAAGUUCUGCACGUUGGUUCUUGUGAACAUCUGCUGUCCAUGCCUUGUGGGAUCUCACGUCUUAAAUCUCUUCAAUACUUGAAUGUAUAUGGUAGUCCAAAUGCAUGGGCAAAGAUAGGAUGGAAUAGCUGCACAAGAGAUCUGCUUUCAAUUAAUGAUUUGGGCGCCCUAAAACAACUUACAAAGUUGAGUCUUGCAAAUUAUGGUAAAAUAAUUCGGGAAGGAAUUUUGGGAAAGAUGGAGCAGAUGAAGUAUCUAACUCUAGAUCUCACAAAUAUGGAAAGCCUCCCCCAAGACAUGACUGCCAUGUCGAAAUUGAGGAAAUUCUCUCUAACAUGCCCUCAAUUACGCCGAAUAGAAUUUUCAUUUUCUGGGUUUCAUGACCUGAGCUACGUUAAUUUGUUCAACUGUAACAUGUUGGAAGAAGUACCUGAUUUACACAAACUUCCUAGUUUAAAGCACCUCAAAAUUAUUGAGUGCCCCAGCAUUGGGAAGUUUCCAGAGGAAUUUGGCAAGGGGGGAGCAUUUCCUAAGCUGGAGGAAUUUUCUAUAGUGGAGUUGGAGAAGCUACAGCAGAUGCCAAUGGUGGAAGACGGGUCACUGCCUUCACUGAAAACAUUGACAAUAAUGAAGUGUGAAGCAUUGCAGAUUUUGCCAGAGUGUUAUUGGAAUUUGAAGAGCGUAGAAAAGAUAAGAGUAUACGGCUGCUCAAAAGUUUUAACUGCAAUGCAAGAUAACUUUAUUGUGACAAACACCAAAGUACAACUAGUAAGACUAUCGGCCACAGACACUCAGGUAUUCCGAGAGCGCUUUGAUUGGAUGGUAAGAGGAAAUGAAUAUUUUCUUUACGGUGAAUUUUGGCGUAACGAGCUCUUUCAGUUUUUGCACGAAACUUAUCACUUCAAAAUAAAAUUGUGAAUACUUGAUUCGGUCUGUUUCGUUCUGUUUUUUAAAUUUUUUUGUUUUUAAAAGUAAUUUAAAAGGUUUUUUAAGAAGUACUUUCAAGAUA